AUGGAAGUUCAACGGAGCAUUAUCGAUUUGCCUUUGAAUGUGCUCGAGAUGGUGUUCCAGUUGCUUAAUCACAGCAACAAAUUGCAUUUGGCUCAAUCUGAUCGUGUGCUUGCCGAGGCAUAUGCCUCUCACACUCGAAGUAUAUACAAACGAAUGCAUUUAUCGUACGCAUUGGAGCGUCGUAUCCCAUGGGCAGACGUUUUGGCCAUAUGUGGUGCCAAUGUGGUCGAAAUAGUCAAUCGGCAUGCUCUGGCCGAUUAUCAACUGAAAAUCAUAGAGCUGCAUUGCCCCAAUCUUCAAGUCGUGAGCUUUGAGAUAAAGGAUGAAAAUUGCGCUGGCCUCAAGUCGCUGCUUGAAAGCCUCAAAGAGCAGGCAACAGUUAGGCUGCGGAUUGGCGAAAGCGCCACACCAAAAAUCUACAACAUGAUGCAGCAACUGCCGCGGCUCGACAGACUGAGCUUAGAUCGCAUUUCAUUUCGCGAUGAUGUGACUAUCCGGGGCAGUGAUAUCCGCUACUUCAAACCAUGCAAGUGGUUCUCGAAGUAUUCUCCUGCCUUGGAGACCCUGAAGCUUUUUCAAGCCCAUCCGGAACGAAAUGAUUUCCUCGCUAUGCUCAGGGGCUGCAAGAAGCUCCGUUUCCUUGUCAUAGAUCUGAAAAAUUUGCAGAUCACCAAGGAACUUCUAGCCACCAUCACGGGCAUUUUGAAGGAAAAUGGUGUGACACCGGACAAGCCUUUGCAGCUCAAAGUGAACGUGCAUAAGAAAGUAAAGAAUGUCAAGCUCAAAGAUCUGUUGGCUGAGACCCCAAAUGCAGACUUAUUGCACCUUUGUUAAUCAAAUUAACAAUUAAAAAUUAAUUGUAAUCCACUUUUAUGUCAUUUAUUUAACCAUAAUCAUUUGAGCUGCAAUAAAUACAUUAUUCA